AUAUUUUCGUAUCCGCAUCUUCAAGACAUAUUAAAAAAAAAAAAGAUAUAAAUAUUUCUCCGUCUCUUUCUUCUCCCUGACCUGUUCUCUUUCCCUCCAUCUACAACCCCCUCUCCCCUCCUUGGCUCUCUGUUUCUCUUCAGUAUUUACUCAAACACACAAUAAAAAGAUAUGUUUAUCAUAAAUUUCUAGAAAGAAAAAAAGAGAUGAGUUUUGUUUGUUUAAAAAGGAAGAGUUGAGAUUCAAUUGAUGUUGGCUGGAGUGGCAAUUGCUUCUUCCAAUGCUUCGAUCUGCUGAUGCAAUCUCUAGUCAAAAUCAAUCAUCCACCAGGCUUCUGACUUUGAUUUCUUAGAGCUCCUUUCUAAUAAUUGAGCUUUACUAGAUUGGUGUGGUGGUGCUCUUUCGAUCUCUAAAUGAGUUUCACAUAGGAUUUUAGCUUUGCAGGUCAAAUGGCCUCCAGCAUAACCAAGCCAGAACAGAAGAGAUUUUUAAUACAUUGUUUAGUUGUGUAAAAACCAUUGCGAGAUUGGCGAGGUCUUUUAUGGGAUAAGGAGUGGGGGACCGAGAUGGUUUUACAUCCCAAAUAUUUAAGGACAUGGAGGAGACACGAGAUGAUUCAGGGCCAGUGGAGCAAGGGCCUUCAAAUUCUGUGUGGUGGGGUUCAGACUUUAUCGAGAAAUUUGACUCUGUCUCUUUGCUUUCUCAAGAAGAUACUUUGAGUAAUAAAGAAUCACCUAAAAGUUAUGAGGAAGAUGGUUUGUCUUCUCAGACUGCAUCACAAAUUCUCUGGAGCACUGGGAUGCUUUCCAAACAAAUACCAAAUGGUUUUUACUCUGUCAUACCGGAUAAAAGGCUAAAGGAGCUCUUUGUUAAUAUUCCAACUUUAGAUGAGCUUCAUUCUAUGGGAGCCGAGGGUUUCAAGGCUGAUGUCAUUCUUGUAGAUGCUAAGAAAGACAAAAAGCUAUCCAUGCUUAAGCAAUUGAUUGUGGCACUGGUAAAAGGGUUGAACUCAAAUCCAGCUGCAAUGAUAAAAAAGAUUGCUGGAUUGGUUUCUGAUUUUUAUAAAAGACCAAAUGUGGAGAGUCCAGCAAAAGCUGCACUAGAAGAAGCCUCCCACGUGUUAGAAAAUCGAGGUGUUCAGUUGCUGGGGCAAAUAAGGCAAGGGUCAUGCUGUCCUAGGGCAAUCUUGUUCAAAGUUUUAGCAGAUUCUGUAGGUCUUGAAAGUAGACUCAUGGUGGGUUUACCAAAUGAUGGGACUGUUGAGUGUGUGGACUCAUAUAAACACAUGUCUGUGAUUGUUGUGUUGAAUUCUGUGGAACUACUGGUUGAUCUUGUGCGGUUUCCUGGUCAAUUGAUACCGAGUUCGACCAGGGCGAUUUUUAUGACUCAUAUUUCAGCAGCAGGGGAGAGUGACUCUGCAGAAAAUGAUUCCUGUGAUUCUCCUCUAGAGCCAAACAGUCCUCUGUAUGGUUUUGCAGAAAGAGCGGACCCUGACAGUGCUGACAAAGAUGAAAACCUUCAGUUCCAUAAGAAAUUAGAGGCAUCUUCGAAUGUGUCAGGCCCUUCAUUGCGAAAUAUGAUGUUGCGAUCUGCCACCUCUAUUGACAGAAAAUUGAGCUUAUCACAAAGCGAACCGAAUAUUGCAACUACUUUUUGGAGACGUAGCCGGAAAAAGGUCAUUGCUGAACAGCGGACUGCUAGUUCAAGUCCAGAACAUCCUUCAUUGCAAGCGCGUGGUCGGUCCAUGUUAAGUGGUGAUAGACAUUCAAUUAGAGAUUAUGCUGAUGAUGUUGCUACAUCGAGCUACAGGUCAGAGGGUGCAUCAACAUCAGAAGCUCAUAGAAUGAGAAGAAGAAGUAUUAGCAUGACCCCAGAAAUUGGUGAUGACAUCGUAAGGGCUGUACGUGCUAUGAAUGAAACUUUGAAGCAAAAUCGUCUUUUGAGUGAACAUGGCAAUGAUAGGUUGUUUACAAAUAAUUUAGAUGACAAGGACAAUGGCUCAGAUCUUCAAAAAAAUGUAUCAAAUUUUGAUCUUGAUGGUCGUGAGGGAAUAUCUGGUGGAAGGUCUGCUUUAUAUACCCUUGAAAGUGACCACAUAAAUUCCCAGAAGGCAAUUUCAUUACCAUCUUCCCCACAUGAAUAUAGAAGUCAAACUUCCCAGAGCAGCAGAUCUUCAGGCUUUGUAGCAAACGAUCAAUUGGUUACAACAUGGAAUAAAGUUCUUGAAUCUCCCUUGUUCCAUAGUAAACCCCUACUACCAUUCCAAGAAUGGAAUAUUGAUUUCUCAGAAUUAACUGUUGGAGCUCGUGUUGGGAUUGGGUUUUUUGGGGAGGUAUUUCGUGGCGUAUGGAAUGGUACAGAUGUCGCAAUCAAGGUCUUUCUAGAGCAAGAUCUAACUGCUGAAAACAUGGAGGACUUCUGCAAUGAGAUAUCAAUUCUUAGCCGUCUUCGACAUCCUAAUGUUAUCUUAUUUCUGGGUGCUUGCACAAGGCCUCCACGCUUAUCAAUGGUGACUGAAUACAUGGAGAUGGGGUCCUUGUAUUAUUUGAUCCACUUGAGUGGCCAGAAGAAGAAGCUUAGCUGGCGGAGGAAGCUAAAAAUGUUGUGUGAUAUAUGCAGGGGGUUGAUGUGCAUGCAUCGAAUGAAGAUAGUUCAUCGGGAUCUUAAAAGUGCAAAUUGCCUUGUGAAUAAGCAUAUGACAGUUAAGAUCUGUGAUUUUGGACUCUCCAGAGUAAUGACAGACACACCAAUUAGGGACUCCUCGUCUGCUGGAACUCCUGAAUGGAUGGCACCGGAACUAAUUCGUAAUGAACCCUUCACUGAAAAAUGUGAUAUUUUCAGCCUAGGGGUGAUAAUGUGGGAGCUCUGCACACUAAAUAGACCAUGGGAAGGUGUACCACCAGAAAGGGUAGUUUAUGCUGUCGCGAAUGAGAGGUCCCGUUUGGAGAUUCCAGAAGGUCCACUGGGCAAGCUAAUAUCGGAUUGUUGGGCAGAUUCGCAUUUACGGCCAAGCUGUGAAGAGAUACUCUCUCGAUUGCAUGAUUGCGAGUACGUGCUUUGCCGAUAAGUAUGUUUCUGGUGCCUAUUAAACGUGGUAGAGGUGUCGCAAUGUUCUCGGCUAAGUUGUAAACUCAUAAUUUUCCAGAUCGUUGUGAACAUAAAAUUCUUCAAUUUUUCAGGGGCACAAACUCUGUAUCGUUUUUGUGCAAUUUUCUA